CCCACCUUCCUUUCUCCAACGAAUCCGCAUAUUAUAUUUGAGUUUGUGAGAGGAACAUAAAGAGUUCCUUUCAAAUUUCUUCUCCCCUCCAAAAAAUAAAGAAAAUGGGAGCUUGUGCUAGUGCACCAAAGGACAUAAAGGCUGACGCCGCAGCAGCCCCGCUACCGGAGCAACCAAAGGAGGAGGAGACCACCACUACCACCACCGUCACCACGGAGGUGACGACCGUCGACAAGCAGGUUAAUGGAGAAGAUGGAGAAAAGAAGGUGGAUGAUGAGAAGGUAGCUGCGGAUAUUGACAAUUCCAAUUCUCUUGGAUCACUGCUCACUGAGAAUGAAGCAGCCAAGGAGUCAGUGAAAGAUGAGAAGAGCUCAGAAACCACAGACAAAAAACCAGAAGAAGCAAAGGUAUCAGAUGAAACUGAUGCUAAACAACCAGCUGGUGAAGAAAAAUCAACAUAGACUAAUCCAAGACAUGGUUUCAAGCACAACUUCAAUAUGGUUUCAAGCACAACUUCAAUAAUAUAAUGCCUAUGUUUUUUUGUUGGUUACUUUAGGUCAAGGAAAAAUUGUAGCAAAAACAUAUUGAUUGGACUUUUUGGGUGGACGGCACUUUGGUAUUU